CUAUAGAGGUGCAAAAUGAGUUUCCUCGGCAAAUUAUUUGGUGGGAAAAAGGAAGAAAAGGGCCCCACUACGCAUGAAGCGAUACAAAAGUUACGCGAAACUGAGGAGCUAUUGCUGAAGAAACAAGAUUUUUUAGAAAAGAAAAUCGAAUUAGAAAAACAAUCUGCUAGGAAACAUGGCACAAAGAAUAAGCGAGCUGCAAUUGCAGCCCUCAAACGUAAGAAGCGAUAUGAAAAGCAGCUAACACAGAUUGACGGCACUUUGACACAAAUCGAGGCCCAACGGGAGGCGCUGGAGGGUGCUACCACCAACGCCCAAGUCCUCAACACUAUGAAGGAUGCUGCUGAUGCCAUGAGAUUGGCACACAAGGACAUUGACAUCGACAAAGUUCACGAUAUUAUGGACGAUAUCGCGGAGCAACACGACAUCUCGCGCGAGAUCACCGACGCCAUCUCCAACAAUGUUGCCUUCUCCAAUGAUGUCGAUGAGGACGAACUUGAGAAGGAGCUGGAGGAACUUGAACAGGAGGACCUGGACACGGAGAUGCUGGGAAUCAACGUGCCGACGGACAAGUUGCCCGACGUGCCGUCAGCCGAGCUGGUGCAUGACAAGCCAAAGCCCAGCAAGUCCAAGCAGUCGGGUAAGUUUCUUCCCUUAUGUGCUAAUUAUUCAUGGCAUUCACUUCGGUUACCUGGAUGGAUCCUAAAGAUUUUGAAUUAA